AUGAGUGAGCCCCAUUUGCUGCUAUACUUUGAUGUGAACAAGACCGUAAUUAUGCACGACCCGGUGCAGGGCAAGACUCUGCCCCAUAUCCUGAACGACCUAUUGACGGAACGAGCCUUGGGGCACAUCGAUAAAGAGUCUCAGCGGGUUUGGAGCUGGAAUGGGGAACGAGUUUUGGAUAAAAUCCGAGAAAGUGGUGAUGAUAAUUGCGUAUCGUACGGACACUUUUUAAGAGCCCAGUUCCCUAUUUCAGGCGACCCGAAGGUGGCCGAGAACAACAAACAUAAGAGGAAGAUGUUACGUCAAAAGUUUACGGUAGUAGGAAACCCAGGACAGGGUUUGAUAACGGAGUAUGAUUCCCUACUGCAACACCUGCUGCUACCUAGUACAGCAGCAAGUGAAGCGCAGUUGGAAGAAGUGGGGCUCAGUGAAUCACCCUACUGUUUCAUUGUACCGGCAUUCUUUAGAUUAUUGCAGUAUCUUCAAAAACGCGAGGUGUCAUUCAACCUCAUUUUCAGGACAUUUGGUGAUGACUUGCAUUCUGUGGCAAAAGAGUUCAACAGCUUCUGUGAAGGACGACAUCCGUUCUUCCCGCUGGCUAAACCUAUGGAUGGAUCGGGUGGAGGCGUUGACCGUCGAAUGCAUCUUAAGGAAAUGUCAAAUGGAGAAAUGCCUCGAUUCGGAACCUUUUUGCGAGCGGAGGGAACGACGGCGCUGAUUAUGGGCACCUUCAAGCAGCCCAAAACCGUUAAUAAAGCGGAGCCUUUGGCAUUCUACGCUUCUCGAAUGGAAUCCGUUCGGAUCGUACAAGGACUGCCAAAAAUCCACGAUUUUCUUACUCGGCGUUGGCGACACACGCAAGAGACGUUAGCGCUGCGUGAUUUUUACCCGCAUUGGUUUUUCAAUAUGACAGAUGCUACCGCCGGAAAAUUGUUGACGUUGGACCCAACGGAUGACACUGAAAAUGUCCAUGCCAUGUUCUUCGACGACAACAUCUUGUCACAUGAUGCACACAUUAUUGAUGCGCGGUUUGCACAUAAUGAUGUUGCCUUGGAUUUUGAGGACACGCGUGAGCUGCAUCUCAUGCGCGUUGAGCCGCUAGAUGUUAUCCAACGCGAUACGUACUUUAUCGAGCGCUUGGAAACUUCGUUGCAGCGAUGGAAACAGAAGCGACAGUAG